AUGGUGCCUACUCUUCCUCCCCCAAACUUUAGUGCCUUCCUGGCACUUCCGCUGGAAAUUCGCCAGCAGGAGAGCGUUAGGGUCUCUUUAAUAGAUGAGGAGGUUAGCGACAAAGAGGACGAAUAUGAAGCCUGUAAGCUGGACAACUAUUGUCAGAUAUCUCAGCGAUAUCGUCCUAGAAUUUCCCCGUCUCGUCGAAGCGCCUUACCUAGACUCCUUCUCGUUUGCCGCCAGAUUACCGAUGAGGUAAGAGCAAUGCUGUACGGAGGGAAUACCUUUACAGUCAAUGUUCACGGUGACGGCCAAUCGAGUCUCGUGGGUUUGUUUAGUUCUGAGACAAGGGAGAAAAUGCGGAAGAUGAUCUUGGUCUUACGACCCAUGGGAGUUUCCUACCACCCCGGUUUCUGCAUGGACCCGAAAAUUUGGGAUGGUGUUCUCGGUAGCCUUUCAAUAUUAGGGGUUAUCGCUGAGCAGCCAGAGCCGCCUUCUCCGUACGCAUGGCCCCGAGUGGAACCGGAGGAUGUCUUCGAGGAAUGGACGGUGUGGUUAACACCAAUCUUGGAGUACCUAGGCCAGGCACUUCCCAGGACAGCUCAAAUUGUGGUGGAUGCGAACAAGGAGGAAGACACAGUUCAUAUUUUGGAAAAAGUGAUACCAGGACGCUGUCACUUUCAGCGCCUGCGCGCGGCCGACUCCAUAUUCAGAAGAGGGGAGUUCUCUCUGGAGUCAGGAUACUGGGAUGAUGACGGACCGACCAGCUGUAGGGACAUCAUCAACGAAUAUGACUACGACUAUUACUAUUCCGACUGA